CCUUGACAAUAUGACAGCCCAGUGUUUAACGCUGAUCAUCAGUUGUCGAGUAGAACGAGACCCAGGUAGGUCUGAGGAGGUCUGAGUAUAACUUUAGCGCUAGGCUAGGAUUUCCCGCGAGUGAAAGAUGUCCACUUCGCCAAGCGAGCUACUUCUACCUUUGGAGCUCAUUCAUUCCAUCGUCGAUAUAUGCGCUGAAGACGACACACCAGUCGAUCUUCUCAAAACCCUUACCUUGGUUUCUCCUUGCCUGCGUCCUCAUGCGCGCAAACGACUUUGGGAGCACGUCUUUCUACCUCCGAAACGAGCUACUUGGCUUGCACAACAGGGAAAGGACUACACCGAGAUUGUGGAGGGUUUGGCUGAAGUUGAAAACUUAUCCGCUCUCGUCAAAUAUCUACAUCUGAAUCCCUAUCCACCAGGGAUUCUUUCACAUUUCCUUCAAAAAAUUCACUUUGUUGAAGUGGAACACGUCUUUAUCCAGGGAUACAACGCGAGAGCUCCUGCAGCUACUUCUCCUAGGGUACUAGCGCAUUUCCUAAGUCAAAACUCUGACCUUCAUACGCUGGAUCUUAGCUCUGCUAGGAUCAACGCGGGUGCGCUCUUCGAACUGCUGUCGCAGUCUAGAUUGCGAGUUCUGCGCACCUUGCGCCUUAACUACCUCAGGAUCAGUACCGGCGAUGACGAAGAAGAGCAUCUUCAAGAACUCACCUGGGACGCGGUAUCUGACUUGCUAUUAACACGGAGUGGACGCAUAGAACGGCCUUCUUUGCAAACUCUGAGUCUCAACACGGUCCUUUCGAAUGAUACAUUUACAUACGCAUUUUUCACACAUCCCAAGUCGCUCUUCGACAUUUCUCUACUCCAGAAGCUCACGCUUCAUAUAUCACGUUCGACGAAUCAAGCUUUGUUUGACUUUUCCAAUGUCAUCGAUCUGUGUUGCCUCUCUGUCCAAACGUUGCUUAUCCAUGGGUGGCAAGACGUCACUUCCUCCGAGUCUUAUUUGUUAGGCAGAUUCCAGAACGCGAACCAAGUAGAACUAGUCAUUCACGGUUCUGGUCUUGGUUCAGAUCUCAAUGCCCAAUCGCCUGAAACUUCGCUCUCGUUGGCGUUCCCGCAACUUUCAAUACUGACACGUCUACGAAAGCUCACGAUUAGGCUUCGCUUCUGUCUUAACGCGAUGACCAUCUUGAACGAUUCACUUAACGGAAUGUUAAGGUUACUUUCCAGACAACUUCCUGGCAUUCAGGAAAUAUGUAUCUUGGUAGACGGAUUUACAUCCUACAGUGUUUUCUCGUGGAAUCAAGAUACACAAACACUAUUUCAAGAAAGUAGAAGUUAUCGUGGGCAACAACCGCUGGAUUUACUACAAAUCUUAAUGACAGCUAAGCCUCGCACAGGGUAAGGCAAAUAUACGGGGUCAUCACUUGUGGGGUUAACUCGGGUUGUAGUUAAAGUUUAAGGUCGGCGCCAUCUGAGUCGAAGGCACAACAGAGACA